CAAGAUUCACAUUCUGUCACCUUGGAAAAAGAAAAAAAAAAAAGACACACUGCUACCAACCCAUCAGCUACUAAACUAAGGCAACAGCAGCAACAGUUUAAAAGUAGUCAAAGUCUCAGAAGUUGAAGCUGAUCCUGGGUAGCAUGAAUCAGAUAGAAACAAACAUGCAGUACACCUACAACUACGAAGAAGAUGAGUACAUGAUCCAAGAAGAGGAAUGGGACAGAGACCUGCUCCUGGACCCAGCAUGGGAGAAACAGCAAAGGAAGACGUUUACAGCCUGGUGCAAUUCCCAUCUCAGGAAAGCAGGCACACAGAUUGAGAACAUUGAGGAGGAUUUCAGGAAUGGCCUCAAACUGAUGCUACUCUUGGAAGUUAUCUCAGGGGAAAGACUACCAAAACCAGACAGAGGGAAGAUGCGCUUCCAUAAAAUUGCUAACGUCAACAAAGCUCUGGAUUAUAUUGCCAGCAAAGGAGUGAAACUUGUGUCAAUUGGUGCAGAAGAAAUUGUUGAUGGCAAUGUGAAAAUGACACUGGGUAUGAUCUGGACUAUUAUCCUUCGCUUUGCUAUUCAGGAUAUUUCAGUGGAAGAGACUUCUGCCAAAGAAGGGCUGCUGCUGUGGUGUCAAAGAAAAACUGCUCCUUACAGAAAUGUGAACAUUCAGAAUUUCCAUCUUAGCUGGAAAGAUGGCCUUGGAUUAUGUGCACUUAUCCACAGACACCGACCUGAUCUUAUUGACUACUCCAAGCUAACUAAGGAUGACCCCAUAGGAAAUAUCAAUCUUGCCAUGGAAAUUGCUGAAAAACAUUUGGAUAUUCCUAAGAUGUUGGAUGCAGAAGAUAUUGUGAACACUCCUAAACCUGAUGAGAGAGCUAUCAUGACAUAUGUGUCCUGCUUCUACCAUGCUUUUGCUGGAGCAGAGCAGGCUGAGACUGCAGCUAACCGGAUCUGUAAGGUGCUUGCUGUGAAUCAGGAAAAUGAAAGGUUGAUGGAAGAAUAUGAGAGACUAGCAAGUGAGCUUUUAGAAUGGAUUCGACGGACGAUUCCCUGGCUGGAAAACAGGACCCCAGAAAAAACAAUGCAGGCCAUGCAGAAAAAAUUAGAGGAUUUCCGAGACUACCGCCGCAAGCACAAGCCUCCCAAAGUCCAGGAAAAAUGUCAGCUGGAGAUCAAUUUCAACACCCUGCAGACAAAGCUGAGGAUCAGCAAUCGGCCAGCUUUCAUGCCAUCAGAGGGAAAAAUGGUUUCAGAUAUUGCUGGUGCUUGGCAGAGGCUUGAGCAGGCUGAGAAAGGCUAUGAAGAGUGGCUGCUGAAUGAAAUACGAAGACUGGAAAGACUUGAACACUUGGCUGAGAAAUUUAGGCAGAAGGCUACUACCCAUGAACAUUGGGCAUAUGGCAAAGAGCAGAUCUUACUUCAGAAGGAUUAUGAAUCUGCUUCUCUGACAGAAGUUCGCGCUAUGUUGAGGAAACAUGAAGCUUUUGAGAGUGAUUUGGCUGCUCACCAAGACAGGGUGGAACAGAUCGCUGCCAUUGCCCAGGAGCUGAAUGAAUUGGACUACCAUGAUGCUGCAAGUGUCAAUGAUCGAUGCCAAAAGAUAUGUGACCAAUGGGACAGACUGGGAACACUUACUCAGAAAAGGAGAGAAGCGCUGGAGAGGACAGAGAAAUUGCUGGAAACAAUCGAUCAACUUCACCUGGAGUUUGCCAAAAGAGCUGCUCCUUUCAACAACUGGAUGGAAGGUGCUAUGGAAGACCUACAGGACAUGUUUAUUGUUCAUAGCAUAGAGGAAAUUCAGAGUUUAAUCUCUGCACAUGAUCAGUUUAAAGCUACUUUGCCAGAGGCGGAUGGUGAAAGACAGGCCAUACUGUCAAUCCAGAAUGAAGUUGAGAAAGUUAUUCAGAGUUACAACAUGAGAAUAAGCGCAACCAAUCCUUACAGCACUGUAACUGUGGAAGAAAUCCGUACCAAGUGGGAAAAGGUGAAACAGCUGGUGCCUCAGAGGGAUCAAUCCUUGCAGGAGGAGCUGGCCCGCCAGCACGCCAACGAGCGUCUGCGUCGCCAGUUUGCUGCUCAGGCCAACGUCAUUGGGCCAUGGAUCCAGACCAAGAUGGAGGAAAUUGCCCGCAGCUCUAUUGAAAUGACGGGGCCUUUGGAGGACCAGAUGAAUCAGCUGAAGCAAUAUGAGCACAAUAUCAUCAACUAUAAAACCAAUAUUGACAGACUGGAAGGAGAUCAUCAGCUUAUACAAGAAGCCCUGGUGUUUGACAACAAGCACACCAACUACACUAUGGAGCACAUCCGUGUUGGAUGGGAGCUCCUACUUACCACCAUUGCUCGAACUAUCAAUGAGGUUGAGACUCAGAUUCUCACAAGGGAUGCUAAGGGUAUCACCCAGGAACAAAUGAAUGAAUUCAGAGCAUCCUUCAAUCACUUUGACAGGAGGAAGAAUGGACUGAUGGACCACGACGAUUUCAGAGCUUGCUUAAUUUCCAUGGGUUAUGAUUUGGGUGAGGCUGAGUUUGCCCGAAUCAUGUCUCUGGUUGACCCCAAUGGGCAAGGAACCGUCACCUUCCAGUCCUUCAUUGACUUCAUGACCAGAGAAACGGCGGACACGGACACGGCUGAACAAGUGAUCGCUUCCUUCAGGAUCCUCGCUUCCGAUAAGCCUUAUAUCCUGGCAGAUGAGCUACGUCGAGAGUUGCCUCCUGAUCAGGCUCAGUACUGCAUCAAGAGGAUGCCUCCCUACACUGGGCCAGGCUCCGUGCCGGGUGCUCUGGAUUACACCUCCUUCUCAUCAGCGCUCUACGGAGAAAGCGACCUCUAGCUCCGUAACUGACCGCGUUCAUGUCAGACACUAAAAACACCACCUGGUUCCCCAGAUUGCUUUUCAAAAGCUUUCACAAGCCAAUUUAAAAAUGAGUUUUACAAAUACAGUAGGUACCUUCAGUGUAAAGUGCUAGUAACUUAACUAGUGUAUAUUAAAGUGUGCGGCACGUGUAGAUUUCUACAUUGUUGGUUUUAGGUUGUCUGUUCCAUACAGUGCUGGAAAAUAUCUU